UUGCGACAUGCAAGUCGCCAACACCCCCACUAGAGAACGCCUCCAGCUCCUUCGUAAAGCAUAGCGCGCUAUGUUAUUAGGCAAGCCAUUGAAGCCGGUCAGAGCGGAGCAAAGGUUCUAGCUCUAGAGGUCAAUGCGUUUCGAAUGAGGUAUGGUGUUCUAGUAUAUGCUAAUGCAGCGGUGGUGUAUCAGGUAGUACAUAAGAAAAGGCGUCUCCGCAGCUCUCCGCACUUUACUUUGUUGUGACCCUGCAAGAUGCUUAAACGAACACGAGCCGACGAUGACUUCUGUUCCACGGCAGACUCGUUCCCACUCUUCCAUACAGCCGAUAAUCUAAGUUGCGACACCGCGUGGGCAUUUGAGACUGAACCCGACCCGACACAGAUGCAGUUCUCCGACUUCGGCUUCAUGAACAUUGAUAUCCCCGCCCUACAAUCCAUACCUCUAAGUGACCAUCGCAUCCAUACCAACACACACGCCGAUGUUUUUGCCGGCCAAGACUCGCUCGCAGGCUACCAGACGUCGAAUGGCUCCUCCACAUCUGAGCUUUCGUCACGAUCAACGUCCGCCUCGUCUGCCUUGUUCUUGUUAUCGUCGUCGUCGUCUUCUCCUCCUUUCUCGGCUUCAGUCGAGGCCCAGCCGCACACGAGACAAGCCAAUCUAUGCAGAUCUCCAUGCAGGUCGGAGACCUGCCUCACGGCAGCUCUUCGCACCCUGACAACCCUGCACGUUGUUCACUCGGCUUGUCUGAGUGCCCAUCAAGAAGAUCCAUCUGUUCAGCAAGCCUGGAAGAUGGAGACGGUGCUGUCCACGAAUAGGGAUGUCGUCGCUGGAAUGGCUCCUAUUUUGGCCUGCUCUUGCUCGGGCAAGUCGUUGGUACAGCUACUGCUCUCAAGCGUCUGCGGCAACCUUAUUGCCUGGAACAGCGCCAUGAUCAAUGCCCUUUUCGAGCAAGGCGACUCAUUUGACAGCCAUCGAUCAAUAUUCUCUUCAGUAUCCUCACUAUCUGCUGGCCAUGCCCAGGCUCCCAGGGCGCGCGUCCUACCCCAACCUAUUACUAUUGGCCAGCACGAAAUCAGCGGCAGUCUCGGCCGAGCUCUCCACGCCCAGAUCGUGGCAGGAGAACUGCGUACUCUUGAAGGCUUUGUCGACGCUCUUUCCCGCCGCUUCGGUGAGGCGUCUAAAUCAGAUGGCGCCUCCAGUACUUCUCCCGCCAUACACAUGAGGAAUGCUAACAGCCGUGCCGCUACUUGCCGGGAUACUCCUUCUUUGCAGUCAAAAGGUCUCUCCAACAUCGUGCACCGCCAUAUCAUCUCGUCACUACGUACACGACUGCAUAGUACGCGGGCUGAGAUCUUCUCUCGGCUAGGCCAAGCAAUUUGAGCAGUUUGUGGUAAAGAAGUUUCUGGCAAUGGCCAGAAGAGGGGAAAAAAGACUCGACGUAACUCUUCCUCAGUAUAUGUACGAAUACCUUCCUUCAGAU